GCCGGGCAGGCGGCGGCGUCAGAGCGAGUGGAGCGUUCGGGGGCCCCAGGCGGCCGCGGUGGCGUAGAGGAGGAAGGCGGCCCCAGCCCCGGCCCGUCUCGCGGCCCCGCGGCGGCCCCGCGGCCCAGCGCGCCUUCGACCCCGGGCCCCUCCGCCGCCGCCAUGGCCCGGCCGCUGGUGCCAAGCUCACAGAAGGCGCUGAUGCUCGAGCUCAAGGGGCUGCAGGAGGAGCCGGUAGAGGGCUUCCGGGUGACCCUGGUGGACGAAGGCGACCUGUACAACUGGGAAGUGGCCAUCUUCGGGCCCCCCAACACUUAUUACGAGGGCGGCUACUUCAAGGCACGCCUCAAGUUCCCCAUCGACUACCCUUACUCCCCACCGGCCUUCCGCUUCCUGACCAAGAUGUGGCACCCCAACAUCUAUGAGACGGGGGACGUGUGUAUCUCUAUCCUGCAUCCCCCGGUGGACGACCCCCAGAGCGGGGAGCUGCCUUCGGAGCGCUGGAACCCCACCCAGAAUGUCAGGACCAUCCUUCUGAGUGUCAUCUCCCUCCUCAACGAACCCAAUACCUUCUCCCCAGCCAACGUGGAUGCCUCGGUGAUGUACAGGAAGUGGAAAGAGAGCAAAGGCAGGGACCGGGAGUACACAGACAUCAUCCGGAAGCAGGUCCAGGGGACCAAGGUGGAUGCGGAGCGGGAUGGUGUGAAGGUGCCCACUACGCUGGCUGAGUACUGCGUGCAAACCCGGGCUCCAGCUCCCGACGAGGGCUCGGACCUCUUCUACGACGACUACUAUGAGGAUGCCGAGGCUGAGGCUGAGGCUGAGGCUGAGGCUGACAGCUGCUUCGGGGACGACGAGGAUGAUUCCGGCAAUGAGGAGUCCUGACAGCGUGUUCCCUACCAAAUAAAUGCACAGAUUUUACCUCACCAGGCCCGGACUCUGUGGGCUCUUGGGCACCUCAUGACGCCGAGGUCACCUCAGGGAGGUGGCUCUGCGCUUGCGCUCUCCUUGGUUUUGCUUUCCUUUCCCAUGUUUGCUCUGGGUUCUCCUUGGCUUCAGAGGAGGGGCCCCACUUGUGCUGGGUGCCCGGCAGGCAGGCCUGGGGUCCCAGACCCCACCCCAUUAGCCACCCCACUGGCUGGAGCCAGAGACUUGGGGUUCCCAGUUAGUAGACUGAUUAACUUGUGGUCAUCUCUUUCUUCUGCUUUGGUUUGUUUGGAAUUUAAAUAAAAUGACUAUACGAGAA